AUGCCACGUGCCGCGCUCGGGCUCUCGCCGCGUCGUCGCCACGACUCGGUCCGGCGCUGCGACGUGAUGGAGGCGCUCACGUUUAACGUCAACUCGGGCUAUGUAGAGGGCGUAGUGCGCGGCUACUGCAAUUCGAUGCUUACUGCCUCAAAUUAUCAGGCUUUGACGCAGUGCGAAACGCUGGACGAUAUGCGGAUGCAGCUGUCUGCGACCGACUACGGCAACUUUCUCGCCAACGAGCCGACGCCGCUCGUGACCGCCUCGAUUUCGCGUUGUGCGACAAAGAAGCUGGUGUCUGAGUUUGAGUAUUUGCGUACAAAUGCGGUCGCGCCGCUGAGCAAGUUCCUGGACUAUUUGACCUACGCGUACAUGAUUGAUAAUGUGAUUUUGCUUAUUACUGGGACGCUUCAUGGGCGCGACACGCACGAGCUUUUGGAGCGUUGCCACCCCCUGGGAUGGUUUGAGACGCUUCCCGCGUUGUCCGUUGCGACGAAUGUCGAGGAGCUGUAUCGCUCCGUGCUGGUCGAAACUCCUUUGUCGGUUUACUUCCGCGACUGCAUCACUGCAGACGAUCUGGACGACUUGAAUAUUGAGAUCAUCCGGAAUAAGCUGUACAAGGCAUACUUGGAAGACUUUGCCGGCUUUUGCGCGUCGAUCGGGAACCCGACAGCGGAGAUUAUGGGUGAGCUGCUGGCCUUUGAGGCGGACCGCCGAACCAUCAAUAUUACAAUCAACUCGUUUGGCACACUGCUUACCAAGACAGAGCGUGCGCGUCUUUUUCCAAGCAUGGGGAAAUUGUACCCCGCCGGCAACAAUGCUCUCGCAAAAGCAGACGAGUUUGACCAAGUCAAAACAAUCGUUGAGUCCGUACCUACAUACCGCCGCCUAUUCGAGGAUAUGAGCGGCAGCUCGAUGGGCACGGAAAGCGCCAAUAUGGACGGCAUUGAGGAUAAGAUGUUUGCACUCGAGGUCGAGAUGAACCGUCUUCUGACCAUGUCGCAGUUUGGGUUUGGCAUAUUCUAUUCCUGGCUAAAGCUCAAGGAGCAAGAGAUUCGAUCCAUUGCCUGGAUUGCCGAGUGCAUUGCUCAGGGCGCGCGCGAUCGCAUCAAUGAUUUUGUGCCGCCCCUCUAG